AUGUAAUUUUUUGUGUAGAACUAGACUUAAUAACAAUAUUUUCGCCACAAAUAACUGAAAACCUAGAUAAUUAUUAAUGCUGUUAUAAUCACAAUAAAACUAUAAGGUCAGUAUUUAUUGAACCUCAUUAUCCAUCUAAUAAGAGAAUUUACUAUGAAGAAUGUUUUAAGUCAAUAACUAUUGAAGUACAUCCUUUACGCUAAAUAAAAGAAACAAUUGAAAAUGAGCAAAAGAAUUCCAUUUAGAAAUGUGAAUUAUAAAUAAAUCCUUUUAUAAAUUCACUCAGGUAAUUUGAAUAGAAGGUUUAGUCCUUAAAGGAUUAUUUGUUAUAAGAAAUAAAUAGAAUAAUCAAUAUUCAUUCGGAAUGGAUAAAAAAAUAGAAGUAUAUAUCAAAAAUUAAUUCAAUUAUAGCUUUAUUGAAAUUAUCUUAAAUGACUCAGAUUAACAUCGAAACUCAAUAGAUAAUAAAUUAAAUUAAGACAUUUAACAAUACUAAGAUUAACAUAUUGGAUGAAAAUAUAAUUAUAUUCUUAUAAUUUGAAUAAAUAAAGACAACUGUAGAGAUAUUUUAAAACAGCAAGCAGUUAUAAUAAUAAUUAACACCAGAUAAUUAUUAUUAUUCUUUAUAGAAUAUUUAAUAGAAUUAAAAGAUUGAUUAGAAUUUAUGCUCUAUUUAACAUCCAUAUUAUUAUGCUGUAGCUAUAAACAAGGAAAAAGAUAUAAUUGUUACAUCUUCAAAUCAACUUUUAGGAAUCUUUUAAUUGAAUCAAGGAACGAUGAAGUGA